UUUAACUCCGAAUUUCUUAAUUUCUUCAAAUCACCGUUAUUCAAUCAUCUUCCUCCAAAACAAAAACAAAACCCUAGAAAUUAACGAGUACAAUGUCCAAUUUGAUAAGCGUAAUUCUUGUAAUGGUAUGCGUCGUUCAGAGGUCAAAUGUGAGUGAAGCGCUGCGUUUUGAGGUGGCGUCGGGAGCAACAAAAUGCAUAUCGGAAGAGAUAAAGCACGACGCCAUGACAGUAGGGAAGUAUAAGGUUAUAAGCCCCAUUGAUGGUCACCCUGUUCCCGACAAUCACCGCAUCACUGCUCGCGUGACAUCACCACGAGGCAACCAUUACCAUUACAAAGAUGUAGUAGAAUCGGGCAUCUUUGCAUUCACAGCAGCUGAAACUGGAGAUUAUAUGACUUGCUUUUGGGCUCCAUAUAAUAAUCCUCCAUCCAAAAUUUUAAUUGAUUUUGAAUGGAAAACAGGGAUUGAUGCUAGGGAUUGGUACAAUGUAGCACGUAAAGGUCAAAUUGAUUUAGUGGACGUUGAGCUAAGGAAAUUGUACGACAGUGUGAAAUCCAUACAUGAAGAGAUGUUUUACCUUCGUGAAAGGGAAGAAGAAAUGCAACUAUUGAAUAAAUCUACCAAAUCAAAGAUGGCAACCUUCAGUUUAGUUUCAAUCAUCCUUGUCCUAUCUGUAGCUGCAUUACAGUUGUGGCAUCUUAAAUCAUAUUUUGAGAGGAAAAAGCUUCUUUAAUUAAAUUUUAUAAUAAUGUAUGAGGUUUUUUUUUU